UGGCGCCGACUAUGUGGCUGUCGAAUGGAGUCAGCACUUAGCCUAGUGUGAGAAUCCGACGUGCUGUGAGGGCCAGGGAUAAGACUGCUCACUGUUCACAUGCUGUCUUAUUUAAACACUUGGCUCCUAUUCAGCGACAAUUCGUAUGAAGCCUGUUUCUUUCCCCAACAGCUACAGGGACAACGGUUAUGGAAGACGAGGAGCGUCAGAAAAAGCUAGAGGCUGGCAAGGCAAAGCUGGCCGAGUACCGUCAGCGGAAAGCCCAUGCUGACGGCCAGAAGAAACAGAAGAAGAAAAAGAAGAAGAAGGGAGCGGACGAGCCUCUGGCGAGGGAUGAAGGCGGUGAUCUAGAGCCCUCGGGCGGGGAGGAGGUGGGGGGAGGCGAAACGAGAGCGCCCCGCCAGACGGAGUUCACCUUCGCUCGCACCCUCCGCAGAGGCGAGACCGUCAAACACGACCAGACCUACACCAUAGAGCCUGAAAGUGAGAUGUCUACCACAGCAGAAGACUACUCCACUGAGGUGAAUGGCUGCCUGGAGAGGACAAACAGAGCUGCGGAGGCUCCUCAGGACUUCCUCUGGGAGGAGGACCUGCGGCAGACUGUAGCCCCAUCAGAUCAGGACCUGCUGCCCCAUCCACAGGACCGACUGCAGGACAUGGAGGACGAGCUGGCGGCUAAGACGCAGGCCCUGGAGGACCUCACCAGGGAACUGGAGGACAUCCGCGCCGCCUUCGGCACCGAGGAGGGAGUGCAACAGCUGCAGGACUUUGAGGCGGCGCUCAAGCAGAGGGACGGCAUCAUCACGCAGCUCACCGCCAACCUGCAGCUGGCCCGCAAAGAGAAGGACGAGGUCAUGAGGGAGUUCCUGGAGCUCACCGAACAGAGCCAGAAACUCAACAUUCAGUUCCAGCAGCUCCAGGCGGGCGAGACUCUGCGCAACAGCAGCCACAGCAGCACGGCGGCCGACCUGCUCCAGGCGCGCCAGCAGCUCGUGCUCUACCAGCAGCAGCUGGAGGAGCGGGACGCCGAGGUCAGAGGUCAGCAGGAGCGCGGCGAGGAGCAGCGGCGUCAGAUCAGCCAGCUCCAGCAGCGCCUCAGCCACAUAGACACGGUGGGCACGCAAGCAGACGAGUCACUCACGCUGAGAUUGCAGGAGAAAGAGCUGCUGGUGGCCAAGCAGGAGAGGGCCAUGUCCGAACACGAGCACUCGCUCAUGCGCCUGCGGGAGGAGCUGACCGCCUCGGAGCAGCAGCGGAACGCGUUGAGCCAGCAACUCGCCGCCAAGACCCAGGAACUGGCCACGACCAUAGCGGAGGCUGAGAGGAACCGCUCAGAGCUUCAAUGUACCAAGGCGGACCUCGACAAAAUGAAUGUUGAGUUUGAAAGGACCAAGGUUGAGUUUGACAGCAACAGGUUGGAUCUCGAGAGAAUCAGGAAAGAGUUGGAGAGCAGCAAGGUGGAGUUUGGCGGCAACAGGUCGGAGUUUGAGAGCUUGAAGAUGGAGCUGGAGAACAGCAGGAAAGAGAUUGCGACCAAUAAGGUGGAAAUGGAAAGCAACAGAGCGAAACUCGACGUGAGUGGAGCAGCACUUGAGAGCCUCAGGGCGGAGCUUGAGAAACUGAGGGUGGAACAUGAGAGCAGAGGGAAAGAGCUCGAGAGCAGUAGGACGGAGCUUGAGAAAAUGAAGGCGGAGCAUGAGAGCAGAAAGGUGGAGCUUGAGAGUGGUAAGGCGGAGCUUGAGAAACUGAAGGCGGAGCAUGAGAGCAGAAGGGUGGAGCUUGAGAGCGGUAGGGCGGAGCUUGAGAAAUGUAAGACGGAGCUUGAGAGCCACAAGGCGGAGUUGGAGAGCAGCAGGACGGAGCUGACGUCGUCGCGGCAGAAGGAGCGCAUGUCGUCGGCGGAGAUCCAGCAGCUGAUGGGCACGGUGGAGGACCUGCAGCGGCGCUGCCACCGCGGCAGCCUCUCGGAGGGCGAGGCCCAGCAGCGGGCGGAGGUGGACGUGGCGCGGCAGCUGGAGCGCCUGCGGGGCGAGCUGGACGAGAUGUACGGCGAGCAGAUCGUCCAGAUGAAGCAGGCGCUGCAGGCGCAGCACGCCGGCGAGGUGGAGCGGCUGAACGAGCGGCACGCCGGCGAGGUGGAGCGGCUCCGCGCCCAGGCCAUGCAGAGCUGCGGCGAGGUCAACCAGCUGAGCGCCCGCAUGGUGGAGCUCCAGCAGAAGCUGCAGGAGGCGCAGGUGCUGCGCGAGCGCGCCCGCCAGGAGCUCUCGCAGGUGUCCGAGGAGAAGCUCGGCCUGCAGGGCCAGGUGGACGACCUCCUGAAGGACCUCCGCGCCGCCCGCGAGAAGGUGGAGGCGGCGGCCGCGCUGAACGCAGGAGACCGGCGCGAGAGCGAGGCCGACCGCCUCCGGCUCACCAUCUCCGAGCUGGAGGCCCAGCUGGCCGAGGCCCACGAGGCGGCCGGCGAGCUGGAGGCCAAGCACGAGUCGGAGGUGACCAACUACAAGAUCAAGCUGGACAUGCUGGAGCGCGAGAAGGACGCGGUGCUGGACCGCAUGGCCGAGUCGCAGGAGGCCGAGCUGGAGCGGCUGCGCACGGCGCUGCUCUUCAGCCACGAGGAGGAGCUCGGGCGGCUGCGCGACGACCUGCAGCGCGAGAGCCAGCUCAACAGCGAGAACCUGCGCGACGAGCUGGAGCGACGCGCCGCCGAGGCCCUGGAGCAGCUGCGGGCCGCCCACGAGGCCCGGCUCCGGCAGGCCGAGCACGAGCGCGCCGACCUGGCCGAGGAGAGGGACGCGCUCCUGGGCGAGAUGGAGGCGCUGAAGGAGGAGCUGGCCCGGGCCUCGCUGGAGGGCCCGCGGACCGAGGAGCUGGUGGAGCGGCUGAGGGAGAUGGAGCUGGAGGUGGAGGAGCUGAGGGAGAGUGAGAGCGAGAGGGCCGACACGGCCACGGAGAGGGAGAAGGAGGCGCGGGAGGCGCUGAUGAAGGAGGCGCAGGAGCGCGAGAGGAGCUGGGAGAGCAAGAACCGAGCGCUGGAGGCGGAGAGCAAGACGUUGAAGGAGGACAACGCCGCCAUGAGAGACGAGCUGGAGCUCCUGAACGAGGACCGCGCCAAGGUGCGCGAGAAGAUCGCGGCGCUCGCAGAGGAGAACGAACGCCUGCAGCAAAGCGCCGACGAGCUGCGCGAGGAGAUCGAGCGCCAGAACACCUUCUCGUUCGCCGAGCGCAACUUCGAGGUCAACUACCAGGAGCUGAGGGACGAGUGCACGUGCCUGGCCGGCGAGAAGGCGCAGCUGGAGGAGAGGGUCCGGCGCGCGCUCGAGUACGAGGCCAAGCUCAACGGCCUGCGCUCGCAGGUCCAGCAGCUGCAGUCCGAGCCGUCCACCGACCUAGACGGAGGCGUGGUGGAGAAGGACUCCACGGAGCUGAUGGAGAAGCUCCAGUCGUCGGAGAAGGAGAGAAAGCGCCUGGUCCAGCAGCUGUCCGAGACCUCCGUCCGUCUGGAGGAGAGGGAGGCGGAACUGACGGAGAAGGAGGGAGAGCUGGAGCAGCUGGAGGAGGAGCUUCGUCUCACGCAAGAGGAGAUGGGAGAGGUCAACGCUCGUAUCCGAGAGCUGGAGACCGAGAAAGUCGCAGGAGCAUCCGUCGCUCCGAAAGUCCAGUCGAGCUCCCCACAGCCUCUUACCCACCAUUCGCAGCCGCAGCAGCAGCAGCAGCAACAGCAGCCCCCUGCCCCCAGCAAGGGCUCGUGCUCGGUGGAGGAGCACCCCGCUCGCUUGGCCUCCCUGGAGCAGCAGGUGGAGGCUCUGCGCUCCCAGCUCCAGGCUGCCGAGCGGGAGAGACAGCGCGCGGACGAACGGCGCGCAGCCCUGCAGCGGGAGAAGGACGGGCUCGCCGAGCAGCUCCGGCAGCGCGCGCAAGCACCUGUUGAGGUUCUCCCCCCUCCCUCCUCCUCCUCCUCAUCCGCCGCUCACUCUUCGUCCUCCCCCCACCUCUCCCUCUCGUCCGCUCUCCCUGCCCCCGUCUCGCAGGCACUUGAGCAGAGCGAGAGCAGCCAGCGACAGCGGCAACAGGAGCCGCGCGGAGAGCAGAGAAGCAUCGAAACGCCGCCGCCGCAGCCGCUGGAGGAGAGGGACAGAGAGGGAGACGAGGAAGAGGAGGAACAGGUGGAGGAGAGGAGAGAAGCGGAGGCUGGCAGGAGAGAAGCGAACGCGACAGGGAAGAAGAAGAAGAGGAGACGACGGGGGAUGCUGCACAAGCAACGAGUCGCCGACGGCGAGCAGCGGCAAGGGAGCGGAGACACGAAGCAGCCCUGCGUCAUGCCGUCUGCUCCGCAGGAGGAGGGCAGCGUGAGUGCAGACGACGUCGACGCCAAGACCGUCCAGCAGCAGCAGCAGCACACCGAGACCGAGACCGCGACCGCUCGCUCCAAGGCCGAGGAUCAUGCGGAGUGUUUGUUACAGCUGGAGGCCCAGCGCAUCAGCCUGUCUCAGAUCCACGCGGCGCAGCUGGAGCUGCAGAGGGAGAGCCUGCAGGAGCAGACGCAGCAGACGCGGCAGCGCCUACGCAGUCUGGAGCAGGAGCUGCAGCGACUGCAGCCGCCUCAGAGAGGAUACGAAGGGGAAACCAGGUCUACAAAAUACCAGAAUGUAAUUGAAGCCAUUUCAGAUGAAUGCAAACAGGUCAUACAGUCAUUUGUUACUCUACUCGGUGAGGAGUUGGUGCUCUCGCUACCAUCUGAAGACGAUGAGUGGAAGAGGGAAACUGCCCCCACAACCAAACGUACAGACCCAGGGUCACUGUUACAGGAGGCUAAAGAUCUGUGCAACAGCCUGUACCAGCUAAGGGACCGCAUCACGCAGGAACACAGUCGCCUCCAGCAUCUCCAGGCUUCACUGAGGGCUGAUGGGGACAAGGUGGCGUCACUGCAGCUGGCCAAUGAGGAGCUGAGGAGGACCAGCGCGGCGGAGAUCUCUGACCUGCGGACACGGAUCGGCACGCCCUCCCUGACCCAGGCCUCCGAUGGUCGCCACGAUGCCCAGGGGCGAGGGCAGACGGGGGCGGCGCAGGCCGCAGAGUUCCAGGAGCGCCAGGCCCAGCUGGAGCAGCGCCACCUGGAGGAGGUGGAGCGCCUGCGCGCCUACUACCAGCAGCAGGCCGAGGAGACGCAGGAGCGCUACGCCACCGAGGUCCUCCUGCUGCAGCACCGGCUCCAGGAGCUCACCGGCACCGACGCCCAGUUCAGCAUACCAAGCACGAUGGAGCAUCCCAUGCAGAAAGAAGAGGAAGUCGAAGGGUUUAAGUGGGAGGAGGACGCGGAGGAGGCAGAGCUCCAGGGUCCGUCGGUGAGGUCGGCGGCGUCGGGGUCCUCGGCGGCGGGACUGUCGCGGCAGCUGCAGUCGCUCCGGCAGGCUCUCUACCACAAGUACCUCCAGGAGGUGACCGCCCUCAAGGAGCAGCACCGCGCCGAGCUGGAGCGCCUACGAAGGGAGAGGCGAGGGGAGGACGAGGAGGAGGAAGAGGAGGAGGAGGAGGAGGAGGAGGAAGAAGAGGAGGAGGAGGGGCGUGUAACGGUCAACGGAGAGCAGCGGUCCAGCAAGCGACGGAGAGAGCAGCUGACCCACUCCGUGCAGAGAGUGGAGGAGGAGAUCGCCAAGGUCAUAGUGCAGAUGUCAGUGGAGUUUGCCCAACAAACAGAGCUGGCUCGUCUGGCCAAGCAGUCGCGGGAGACCUCCUCCGCCAUGCAGACCCAGCCGCUAGAGGAGGAGCUGGACGAGGACGGGGAGGAGGUGGUGGACGGCCUGGGGCUCCCCGCCGAGGCGCAGCUCCAGGAGACGCGGAGGAGGCACCAGGAGGAGGUGCGGCGCCUGGAGUCGGAGCUGCGGGAGCUCCGGCAGCAGCUGAGGGCGGCCGAGGAGCGGGCCGAGGACGCCGACAGCGCCGCGCGCGGGCCGGACUCGGCCCAGAGGCGGACGACGACGACGGCGGCGGACGAGGCGGUGGCAUGGGGCCCGACGGCGCGAGCCCACGCCGAGCCCCACACAAAGGCUGAGCCGAGCGGCGGGUCGGAGCCUCUGCUGGAGGAGCUGCAGCGGGCGCUGGGUCAGCAGGAGCAGGAGCACGGCAGGGCGCUGGAGGAGCUCCGCGCCGCCCACACGCGCCAGCUGGAGGAGCAGAGGGACCAGCAGCUCCAGCUCAGCGCCCAGCUCCGCGCGCUACGCGCCCAGCUAGAGCAGAGGGAGGCGGAGAUGAGGGACGCAGAUGAUGGACAGACCGCGAGAAGAGAGAGGCAAACGCCGCAGAAGCAGGACCCACACAAACUCCAGAGCACCUCCACACAGACCGAGCAGGGCACCGAGGGGGAGGAAGAUGAGCGGUCGAGGAAGAGGAAGGAGGAAACGAGAAGAGGGGCCUCGAGAGGAGCUCUUUCGCCAGACCCUCAAGACACGUCCUCUGAUGUCAUCGCCACAGAGAGGAACCUGCUUCGAAAAGCCAACGAGCGCCUGCGCCAGGUCCUUAGCGACGUGCUCAAGACCACGGCGGCCGCUGAGGAGACCAUUGGACGGCAUGUGGAGGGCCUCCUGGAGGCCACCAGCAGGGGGCAGCACCCGCCCCACAGGCCCACCUGGCAGAGGGGCCCAGCAGAGGCCUUCAAACCCUACACCGGACCCUCUGGAGAUGGGUCGUCAGAGAGUUGCCAUGGCAGCGAGACGGCGGCGGACGACGGCAGCGUGUGGUCGGGCGAGACCGAGGCGGACGAGGGCCUGGAGCUGUCGCAGCAGCUGCUGGAGGGCUCGCUGGCCACCGGGGCGGCGCUGGAGAACGAGGAGUACCUGACCACCAUCAGCACCCGCCUGCAGGCCGCCGUGGAGAAGCUGCUGCUCGCCAUCUCCGAGACCACCAACCAGCUGGAGCAUGCCCGCGUGACACAGACGGAGCUGAUGCGGGAGUCGUUCCGCCACAAUGAGGAGGUGCAGGACCUGAUGAAGCGGCAGGAGGAGCUGCAGGAGCAGCUCAGUGAGGAGGGCCGCGCUCGCGAGCAGCUGGCCCUGGAACUCCACAGGGCAGAAGGCUUGAUUGACGGCUACACGGGCGAGCGGGCGUCGAUGGAGGCGCAGGUGCGCCAGAAGGAGGAGCUGCGUCAGCAGCUGGAGCAGGAGCUGCAGGUGACGGCCAGCCGGCUGCAGGAGCUGGAGCUGGAGCGCCGCCACAUGCAGCAGGAGCGCGAGCUGCUCUCGCGCCAGCAGGACGCCAUGAAGGACGACGCCGGCCCCCGCGAGCUGCGCCUAGUUGAAGCUGCAGUCCUUGCAGCACCUGAAGCAGACCUGCUGGAGGAGACGGAGAAGCUGAUGCAGGAGAAGGUGGAGGUGCAGCUGCAGGCGGAGAAGGAGAGCGGCGUGAUGCUGCAGCACCUGAAGGACCUGGAGGCCGACCUGGAGGAGCAGGUGAACCGCAGCAUCGAGCAGGAGCAGGCGCACAACGCCGAGGCCGCCGACCUGCGGCAGCAGAUCCAGGCCCUGGAGAAACAGCUGGAGAAGAACCGCAAGUUCCUGGACGAGCAAGCGAUGGACAGGGAGCACGAGCGAGACGUCUUCCAGCAGGAGAUCCUCAAGCUGGAGCAGCAGCUGAAGCACCCGCCCAAGUCUCAGAGCGCCAGCGAGCAGAGGGACCGAGAGGUGGAGCAUCUGAGCACUCAGCUGCAGGAGAAGUCGGACUGGUGCAGCGAGCUGCUGCUGCGGAGCGAGCAGCUGGAGCGCGAGGCGUCCGAGCGGGACGAGGAGCUGGAGCGGCUGGGCGAGCGCGUGCGCCAACUGGAGCAGGCCCUGCUGACCAGCACCGACACCCUGCACCGGGUGGAGGAGUCUCGGCAGCAUGCCCCCAUGACUGAGGCUGAGCAUGGCACCCUGGAGGCCCAGCUGCAGACGGAGCGGGAGGCGCUGGACAGGAAGGAGAAGGAGAUAUGUAACCUGGAGGAGCAGCUGGAGCAGUUCCGUGAGGAGCUGGAGAACAAGAGCGAGGAGGUGCAGCAGCUCCACAUGCAGCUGGAGAUCCAGAGGAAGGAGCUGAGCAGCCAGCAGCUAGAGCUGGAGGCCAAGGCCAGCCUGCUGGAGGUGAUGGAGCAGAAGGAUAGGGAGAUAGCCCUGCUCAAUGAGCAGCUGGCUAAGCUCCAACACAUGGAAGACACCCCUGACAACAAGGUGAUGGAGGAGCGGAGCGAGCAGGUGCGGGAGCUGGAGUCUCAGGUGGAGAUCUUGCGCUGCGAGCAGGAGCGCCUGAAGAGGAGCAGCGAAGAGGAGGUGGACCAGCUGCACGCCGUCAUCGAGAAGCUCCAGCAGGAGAUCGCCAACAUCGAGCACAAGCCGCGGCACAGCCUGCAGGGCGAGGAGGAGGAGGACGAGGACGAGGACGAGGAAGAGCUUCACCGGGAGGAGAUGGACGAGAUGAAGCAGCGCGUGGACGAGGUGACGCAGGAGCUGGACACGCUGAAGGUCGACCACCAGGAGCUCCGGGAGCGCUACGACAGCCUGCGGGAGGACGGGGCGUGCGCGGAGAAGGCCACCACCGAGCUCCACGACGCCCUGCGGGAGAAGGCCGCCGCCCUGGUGGUGGCCCGGGCGCAGGUGCGAGCGCUGGAGCAGAGCGCCAGCGCCCAGGUGGAGCUGCUGAGGCGGCGCGUGGAGGAGCUGGAGGCCUGCGUGGGCGAGAAGGACCUGGAGCUGGACGUGUGCCGCGUCAAGGUGGAGCGGGCGCAGUCCGACGCCGCCGGCCUCCACCGCCGCGUGGCCGAGCUGGAGGACCGACUCCGGGAGAAGGUGGCCGCCAUGCUGGUGAGCCAGGCCCAGCUCGGCGCCAUCCAGGCCCAGACCAAAGAGCUCCAGCACGGGGUCAGCGCCGAGCUGGAGGACCUGGGCGGACUGACCUCGCUGAGCCCCAUGGACGAGCUGGACGCCCCAGGCUUCAGUGUCGCGCACAGGGCCGCCGGCAGAGCUGCACGCCCCCCGGCCGGCAAGGUGGGCCUGCUGACGGAGAAGCUGCGGGAGCUGGAGGAGGGCCUGUGCGGCAUGCAGAAGGACCAGGAGCUCCAGAAGCAGCUGCUGUCCAGCUCGGAGGAGGAGGUCAUGGAGUACGAGAGGAGGCUCGCCGUGCUGAUGGACCUGCUCAGCCAGAUGAGGACGAAGCCGUCGCGGCAGAGGACGCCGCUGUCAUCCGAGGCGUCAGGAGGUGAGGCGUCCAUGUCAGAGCUCCUCCAGGAGCUGCAGGAGGCGCAAGAGAAGGUCCAGGCUGCUGAGGAGGAGCUGAGAAGCUUCACGGAGCACAGCCAUAAACUGCAGCAGGAGCUACAGAUCAAAGAUUUAACAAUAGCUCAAUUACAAGAGGACCUUAAGGAGGCUUCGGAGGCUGGUGUCGAGGAGGACCCUGCUGUUGUGUCAGAGCUGCGUCAGGAGUUGGAGGAGGUGCGUGAAGAGGCGUCCUCCACCAAAGAGGAGCUGAGUCUCUACAGGGAGCGCAGCGACAAACUACAGGAGGAGCUGAUGGCAAGAGAGAUGACCAUAGCCCAGCUGAAGGACAAACUCCACCGGGCCUCCGGGGCGGACGGCGAGGGCUCGGCGUCGGAGCUGCUGCAGGAGCUGCAGGAGGUGCGCGAGGAGGUGUCCUCCACCAAAGAGGAGCUGAGCAGCUACCGCGAGCGCAGCGACAAGCUCCAGCAGGAGCUGCAGCUCCGCGACGUCGCCAUCGGCCAGCUCCAGGAGGAGCUCCAGAGGCUGCAGAGCGCGCUGGCCAAGUCAGCCGAGCAGCAGCAGCAGCAGCAGCAGCAGCAGCAGGCAGCCCAGGCAGCCCAGGCAGCCAAGCACGUCCAGGGAGCCCAACAGCAGCAGCAGCAUCCACCCCCCUCCCAGCCCAAGAAGAAAGGAGGCAAGCCGGAGCACCACGGCGGGAAGAACAAGGGAGGCGCAGGCGGCGGAGGGGGGAAGGACAAGCCCUCGCUCUCCAGGAAGAACUCGGCGGUCAUGCAGCCGGAGAAAUCCCCCUCGCCGUCGCUGUCCUCCUCCUCGAGCAGGAACGGCCGAUCGCCGGUCGCCGGCGCCGACGUAGCGACGCAGACGGACUUGGGGUCGAUGGCGACGGCGACGGCAGCAGCGGCAGCCGUGGGAGCGUCGCAGGCCUCCGAGGAGGAGGUGGCGGAGGUGAUCGGGGAGUACCAGGAGAGGAUCGACCAGAUGCAGGAGCUCCACGCCGCCGAGAUCAUGGACAUGGAGGCGCGGCACAUCUCCGAGAGCGAGGGGCUCAGGCGCGACGUGCAGGCCCUGGAGGACGAGUGCAAGACCCUGAAGGCCAUCAUCGACAAACUCCGCAGCUCCGAGGGUGCUGCGUCCAGACAGGAGCACGGUGUUGGACCGCAGUUCAAAGACGGCUAUACAAGUGACAGCAGCUCGGACUGGAGCCAGCGCACCGGGUUGGACCUACCGCAGGAGUUCAGGACCACACCUGAAGGAGCCAGACGAGACAACGAGGCCGACGUUCUCCCCGACAGAAUCAAGAGCCUGCUGCGCGAGGUGCACCAGGAGGGCAUGCAGGUGCUGUCCCUGUCGGAGCUGCCCUGCGACAUGGCCGGGGAGGGGAGCGGACUGGCCCCCCACCUGCUGCCCCUCCAGGGCUGGACCAAAGAGAGGGAGGCCCUGCUGGCCACGGUGGAGUCCCUCAAAACCCUCAUCGCCAAGCUGCAGAUGCACAAGGGAGCCCAGACGGAGGGUGCGGGUGACUGGCGUGGCGAGUUGCUGAGUGCGGUGCAGCAGGUGUUCCGCCGCGAGCGGGACGUGCUCAAGAGCGCCCUCUACAGCCAGCUGGAGAUGCUGGACACCAGUGACGCGGUCAUCCACCUCAACCAGCUGGAGCACAGGCUCAGAGAACAGGAUGCUCAGCACAGAGAGGCCAUGGGCGCCCUGCACUCCGCCGACAGGAACAGCCUGCUGGCAGAGGUGCGGCAGCUCCGAGCCCAGAUGGAGCAUCUGCAGCUGGAUCCGGGCGUCAGGGAGCUCACGUCUCCAUGGCAACAGUCACCGCAGCAUCCACAACAACAACAACAGCAACAACAACAACAACAACAGCAACAAGAACUGCAGCAGCAGCAGCAGCAAGAUGUUCCCAUUACCGGCGUAGCCGCUGGUUCUCGUGAGCGGGAGCCGGAGAGGACCGGGCCCCAGGCUGGCGUAGCGGCAGCGGCGGCAGGCGGUCAGGAGCAGCAGGCGGCAGCGCGUGCGGAGCGGCAGCUCCUGGAGGAGGUCAAGAGCGAGCUGGCCCAGACCAAGCUGGAGCUGGAGACCACGCUCAAGACCCAACACAAACACCUGAAGGAGCUCAACACACUCAGGGCCGAGCUCACCCAGAAGGCGUCGGAGGUGCACUCGCUGACCGACCGACUGGCCGAGGAGCAGCGGGCGGCGAGGGAGCUGCAGUGGGCCCUGGAGAAGGAGAAGUGCAAGUCGGAGAAGCGGGAGGAAGGGGAGAAGGAGGAGCUGGAGGACCUGAAGCUGGCCCUGGUGGAGCAGCAGGCGGUGGCGUGGGAGCUGAGCGCGGGCCUGGAGGAGGAGCGGCAGCAGUGUGUGCAGCUCAAGGCCCGCCUCCAGGAGCAGCAGCAGCAGCAGGACGCCCAGCUGGCCCAGCAGCAGAGCCGAGCCAAGGAGCUGCAGGUGCAACUGGAGAGUCAGCAGGCGCGGGCACAGGAGCUGCAGGGAGCUCUGGAGCGGGAGAGGGAGCUCAGCACCCAGCUCAGGCAGAAACCAUCCACCACCACCAACGCCACCACCGCCACCUCCACCAACGCCACCAACGCCACCACCGCUCCCAAGGGCAGCGCACACGCGCCGCAAGGAGCCUCCGCCACCGCCACCAACGCCACCACCGCUCCCAAGGGCAGCGCACACGCGCCGCAAGGAGCCUCCGCCACUGGCGUCUCACAGGCCGAGGAGGGCUGCAGUCAGGUGGAGGAGGCGCUGAGCUCCACGGAGGCGCUGCUGCGCUCGCUGCAGACGGAGCUGGAGCAGAAGGAGGCGCGCGUGGCGCAGCUGCUGGGCGAGCUGGAGGCGCAGCGGCUGGAGGCCGUGCAGCAGGGCCGCGGCCGCGACGAGGAGCGCGCCGAGAUGACCGCACGGGUCGGCCAGGAGCAGCGGGCGCUGGCCGAGGCGCGCGGGCAGCUGGAGCGGCUGACGCGGCGGCUGGACGAGGCCCAGGGCCGGCUGGAGGGCGAGCGCGAGCGCGCCCAGCGGCUGGAGAGGGAGAGGGACCGCCUGCAGGAGAGGGUGGCCGAGCUCAGCCGCUCGGCGGCGGGCAGGGAGGCCACGUCUCCGCCCGGCAACCAGGUGGCGUGGCGGGGAGAGGGUGAGGGUGAAGGUGGCGACCGCACCAGAGACUGGGUGCUGCAACAAAAGAGCGCCGACGGCCUCACCGUCCACUCCAGCGCCGCCUCGCUGCUCGAGCACGCCGCGGGCACCGCCGUUGCCGUGGCAACCGAUGCCAACGUCCACAGCAGCAACAGCAGCAUGGACGGGGUGGUGCAGAGGCUGCAGCUCAUCGCCUCCAAGAUCAAGGGCAUGACCAGCGACGCCGCCGGGAGGCUGCCUGGUAGUGAGGGGGACAGAGAGGGUCUUGCGUGGCUGCAGCGUAACGUGGAUGACGUGCUCUCCAUGCUCCAGCACCACAUGGCCACACAGACACCAGCGCCGGCUCCUGAGAGCGUGGCCCUGGUGGGAGGCGGCAGCUCCAGCGUGCUGACGGAGCGGCUCCUGAGGCAGAACGCCGAGCUGACGGGCUUCGUGAGCCGCCUGACGGAGGAGAAGAACGACCUGCGCAACCAGCUGCUGCGCCUGGAGGACGAGCUGAGACGCCUGCGCCAAAGAGGCCUGGGCUCCGACAGCUCGAGCAGGAAGGGCGGCGAGCAGCAGGAGCUGGCGGUGCUGAGCGUGGAGCGUGAGUCGUGGGGCCGCGAGCGCACGCGGAUGGAGCGGAGCCUGCGCCAGGCCGAGGCCGAGCUCACGCGCCUCCGGGGGGAGCUGCGCAACGACACCGUCAGGGACAUGACCGGCCCUGACGCUGACAACGUAGCACUCAAGCGGAUGUACGGGAGGUACCUGCGCGCCGAGAGCUUCCGGAAGGCUCUGAUCUACCAGAAGAAGUACCUGCUGCUGCUGCUGGGCGGCUUCCAGGAGUGCGAGGAGGCCACGCUGGCCCUGAUCGCCCGCAUGGGCGGCCACCCGUCGCCCGCCUGCCUGGAGACCAUCACCCAGCGCCGCCGCGGCUUCACCCGCUUCCGCUCCGCCGUCAGGGUCUCCAUCGCCCUCUCCAGGAUGCGUUUCCUGGUGAAGAGAUGGCACAAGGCCACUGGGACUGGCUCUGGCACCUCGCCCUGUGCCAACAGAAACGGUCUGAGCCAGAUCACAGGUGGGGACGGGAGGCACGACUCUCCGUUCCUGCACCCGGGCAGCGUGGAGGUGGACGGCUAUCGGCGUGCUGGCAGCAGCAGGGGCAGGACCGGCCGCGACUCACCCCGCUCAACCCUCUCAGCCCAGCACAGGUACCAUGGCAUGGCAGGGGAACCAGGCGGAGGGACCCCAUGCUCUCAUCUGCUGAACUAUGACCCUGACCGUGCACUUACUGACUACAUCACCCGGCUGGAGACACUGCAGAGGAGGCUGGGCAGUGUGCAGUCAGGGUCUUCUUCAUAUGCUCAAUUGCACUAUGGAAUAAGAAGAUAGAACUCUUGACUACAUUUUAACUGGCUUGAAAAAAAACUACUCAGUUGCCUUUUCUUGUGCUGAGCUGCUGUGUUUUUUGUACUCAUGAUGAUGCUAUUUAAUGUAUACUCUGUGGGACCAAAACCAUCUUUUUUUUUCCAUCUGUAAACAAGACCCUUGGGUCGCCAGCACCAGAAACCGCUUCUUCAUGUAUGUACAUUAGUCCGCUUAUUAUUAUUAUUAUUAUUAUUAUUGAAAUUAUUAUUAUUAUUAUCUGUUGUGGAUGAAAUUACAAUCAUGUUUCCUAAAUGUAUAUUUGUGGAAUGCUAAUUUAAGAGAACCCAUUUAAUUUAUAUUCUGUGCAAUGUAUGUACCGUGCGGGUGGGAGAUUGUACACACAUAGGGAAUGUGGGGCUUUAUUAUGAGGAGCUGCUAAAGAACACACUACACUGUGGUUGGCCAGCACGGUUUCUUGAGUCAGACUACAGAGGACGUUUGUAGUAGAGGACAUAUUUUUGUAAAGGGUAGGAGCUUUGAAUUUUAUGGGUAUUUUGUCAACAUUGAAAAUAAAGAUUAAUAUAAUAUUUCAAAGCA